AUGUCGGAACAUGCUCCUAUUGAUUAUCAACAACUCAGUAACGGCCUCCAAACCUUUUUUCAAGAACAUCCACAGGUCAAUGAUGUUAUCGGAGCCGAAGCCUAUGCACUCCUCCAACAGUGUCAACAUGGUCUUGCUCAGUAUGCAACGGAUUUACAAGAGAUAGAAGCGGAGGCUGAAAGG